UGUUACUGAAUUCGCACUUAAUGGCGACAAUAGGAAUAGAUUUUUUAUCCAAGACGAUGUAUCUGGAAGACCGUACUGUUCGUUUGCAGUUAUGGGAUACUGCUGGACAAGAAAGAUUUCGCAGUCUCAUUCCUAGUUACAUUCGAGAUUCUACAGUUGCAGUUGUUGUUUAUGAUAUCACAAAUGCUAAUUCAUUUCAUCAGACUUCCAAAUGGAUAGAUGAUGUCAGGACUGAACGUGGAAAUGAUGUGAUAAUAAUGUUAGUAGGGAAUAAGACUGACUUAACAGACAAGAGACAAGUUACUACAGAUGAAGGAGAUCGUAAAGCUAAAGAAUUGAAUGUCAUGUUUAUAGAAACAAGUGCAAAAUCUGGCUAUAAUGUAAAGCAGUUAUUUCGUAGAGUGGCAGCUGCAUUACCUGGUAUGGAUAAUACAGAAAGGACAAAGGAAGAUACUAUUCCCUUGAAGCCCCAAGAACCACCAAAGGAACAAAAAGACGAAUCAGAAGGAUGCAUGUGCUUAUUACUGUGAUAUAUAAAAACAUUUACUGAACCACUGGGUGUCAAUACCAUUGGGCUUAUGCAAUUUUAGCAUUGGCACAAUGACAUUGCCUAUGCUGCUUAAUAGAUGGUUGUGUUCAAACCACGACACCCAUUUUGAAGCUCGGUGAUAUAAAAUGCUAAUUGUGAAGCUGAUUAUCAUUCCAAAAAUUUCAUCACCUGAAAAUCUUUCUGCAGUGUUGUGUCGCAGUUAAAUUUUCAACAUGUAGCUGUUUCCCAACUCCAAAACCACUUGAAUUAGACUUUCAUGUGGUCAGCUCGUCAUCCAAUUGAAUGUAGGUGGGUAUGUAUGCAGAAAAAGUUAAUUAGCAUAAUGAAUAGAAAAACACCUUAAGGACGACAUGUGCAGUUUAAUUGCUUAUCAGACCGCUUUUACUGCACGCACCAUUUAAACUUCUCAAUACUAGCAUGCCGGUAAUGUAUGCUCACACUAAAAUGUAUUAAAAGUUCAUUUUUGAACGGGAUUUAGCUUUUGUAGCUAUGCAAGGAUUUAUAAUGUGUUAUGUGAAACUCGGUGCUUUGUUUCUCUAUUGAUUUGUAUGGUAAAGACAAAUUGAAAUAUUGUUAUAAAACUGUAACCUCCAUAUGUUUAUUCAUUCCAAUAAAAGUGCAAUGUUUUCAACA